AUGGCCUACAACUACAACCCAUACAAUAACUCGUACCCACCACCACCACCAGUCGGACCAUACGGAGUCGGCGCCGGAGUCGGAUUCGCGCCACCACCACCAAUGAUGCCUGUGCCAACUGUUGCUCCAAUCCCAGUCGCCCCGGUUCCUGUCGUCACUCCAAUGAUGGUGCCGCCACCCGUCAUGGCACCGCCUGUUGUUGUCAUCGAGGAGGGACACCAUCACGGACAUCAUCACCAUCACUGGAACCCAUUCCAUCACCACCAUCAUCACUGCUAA